AACUAAUGUCCACUCCCUCUCUCUCUCUCCCCUCUUGUCCUAACUAUGUAACACUCAAUUCUUUGUUUUCACCCUUUCCAAAUGGCUUUAUCUCUCCCUCCUACAAAGCCAAAACAACACUACGUUAUCAUAGAAUCCCCACAUACUCCAAAACUUAAAUUAUUAUAUGUACGUGGUCUUAAUUUGCCUCUCUUUUUCCUUAACUCUAUACAUAGUAUUUAUAUUCUCCUUCUCCUCUAUUUUACAAAGCAUUGAUAAAUGCCAAGAAAAGAAAGGAGACAGGGCAAGAGAAACCAACAAAAUUAGAAAUUAAAAUUUCGUUCUUCUCUUUUUUCUUUUUGUAGCAAACCUCAUCUUAAGUUCAUAAUAUAGAAACCACAAGAACAUUCCCCCUCCCCACAUUUGAUUUCUCUCUCCAGAAAUAUGGGAGAUUACACCAAUCUCCACCGUGAUCGAGAACAGGAACACGACCGAGACCGAGACCGAGACCAAGAAGAAGAAGAAGAAGAAGCUCUCUCUCUUUGUGACUUCCCGCUACAAGGCAGGGACAAAGAAAGCCCAGAAAUAGCUGCCCACAAUAGUGCAAGACCAUCAUCGGAGCCUGCCGAAUUCUUCGAGUUCUUUAGCGACGUAAGCUCAGAGAUGAGUUCAGCUGAAGACAUUAUCUUUCAUGGUAAGCUCGUUCCCUUCAUAGAGCCCUACUUUACUCCCCAAAAUCAAAGUAAAGAAGACCAACAACGCUUUUCUUUUCGUCGCCGAUGCGAUUCUUUAUCCGAGUUGCAAAGUUCUGCAAGUCGUUCGAAUAGUACCAAGAAUAAUAUUGCACUCAUGAGAAACAGUAGGUCUCUGGAUUAUCGCAACCUUGAAAGGUUUCCUAGCUCUAAGAAAUUUUCACCGGAAUUGGAUAUUGAAAGAAGUUCAUCAUUAAAGAGUAUCCAUGCAAGAGGCGAAGUUAAGAGGACGACCUCAAAGCCCCGAUGGUAUCUGCUGAUGUUCGGGGUGGUUAAGCCUCCUACAGAGAUGGACCUUAGCGAUAUAAAAAGCCGGCAAGUUCGCCGUAAUUCUUCGAUGACCAUGUUCCCGCCUGUUGAUACCGACGGCAAGAAGGCGCCGGUUAGCCAGAGUUCUAUUAGCAAGGGCUCUUGUAGGCUGCUUAGAGUAUUAAGCUGCAAGGACCCUGCUAGUGUUGCUGUAGCGACGUCGUUCCUGACGCCCCAGGUAUGAGCAGAUGGAAACAAAUGGAAUUGGAUCUGGCACUUGCCAUGCAGGUGAUGUCCGUCCAGAUCAACAUUUUCGGGACACUAUUGGGUCUACAAGUUUGCUGUGCGAAAAAAGAGUGGGUGAUUUUGGUGAGGGUAAAAUGGUGAUUGGAUUAAAUUUGAGGAUUGAUUUGGUUGGUGUCUUGGUAGCGAGGGUAGUGUAAUUGUGACUCAACGUAGAAGCAAGGGACAUGAUUUUGGUGAUAAGAGUAGAGUGAUGGAACAUGCAUGGUUGAUAAUAUUUAUGGCCCCCUUAGUAACUGAGCAUUCAAGAUUUGAGGGGUUUUAUUUUUUUUUAAUUUUUAAUUUUUAGGUUAGGUGGUGUAGAGUGAAGUGAAAGAUGAUCACGAGAGUCCUGCGAGUGGCAUAAUUAAAAAUACCGAUAUUAUCUGUUAUUUAUACCUAAUGUUAUUGUCACUUUCGGGAUUUUGUCUCUUUAUUUAUAGCUUGAUGUUGAAAGUGGGUGGAAGAUCGAUAUUAUAUAUUCAAUAAAUAAUAUUUUUUUUGUUUUUCUUUAUUA